AUGUCUACUGACAAAUCUGUUGAUAACAAUUCAACAAUUCAAUCAGAAAAUAAUGCUAGUAGACGAGUACUGUCUUGUACGAAAGUUUUCUUCAAACAAUUGAUUGCACGUAAACCAAUGGACAUAUUACAAGCUGAAAUUGAUACACGAAAUGAAUUGAGACGUGAUCUAAAUUGGAUUCAAUUACUUGCUAUAGGUCUUGGUGCUACUAUUGGUGCCGGGAUAUUUGUAUUCAGUGGACAAGCUGCUGCAAAAUAUUCUGGUCCAUCAGUCAUCAUUUCGUUUCUUAUAACAGGCAUUAUUACUUUUUUGUCGUCUUUAUCGUAUGCAGAAUUAGGAGCAAUGAUGCCUAUUUCGGGAUCAGCUUACACGUAUGCUUAUGCUGCUUUGGGAGGUACACAAUGA